AUGAAAUCCACAGACCAGAUCCUACGUGCACCAAAACAGAUAAAAUCCUUAGCAGAUGAAUCAGAAAACCCGCAGAAAACGACUCCACAUCCGUGGAUACCAGCUACGAGAGCUUGGGAGAGGAUUCACAUCGACUUUGCACAGCUAUUUGACAGGCAAUGGUUGGUAGUUGUCGAUUCGUACAGCAAGUUUCCAGAGAUUAUCGAUAUGGGACAUAAUACUAAAACGGAAGCCACGAUUAGAGAGUUAAGAAAACUCUUUGCUGUGUACGGACUGCCGAGAUUAGUUGUAUCAGACAGAGGACCGCAUCUGGUGCGAAUGAAUGGAGAUUUCUUAGAGAGUAUCGGGAUUGAUCACGUUGCCAGUAUCCAACCUGCUACUCCCGUAAUGUAA